AUGGAGAACCAGCAGAGCCAGAAACGCCAUGAACUACUGCCGUCCAGCUCGGCGGCGAGGAGAAGCUUGAAAAGGAAGCUUGACGAAGAUUUCGAUGACGAUCGCAAGAUCGAUGCUGCUUUAUCCCCGCGUUACGAUCAGCAAGAUCUCGCGCGUGAUAUUCGCACUCAAGUCGAAAUUCUUCAGUCUUCUUUCUCCUCGGCGGAGGCGGAUCGAGCAGCUGCUAAGCGCGCUAUUCAGAUGCUCUCUGACCUUGCCAAGAACGAGGAGAUGGUAAAUAUAAUUGUGGAAUGUGGAGCUGUUCCGCCGUUGGUGCGGCAUCUUCAGUCGCCGGAGCCGGUGAGUGAAGGAUACUGUACGCCCAAGCCAUACGAGCACGAGGUUGAAAAAGGAAGUGCGUUCACCCUCGGACUUCUUGCCAUUAAACCAGAGCACCAACAGCUCAUUGUUGAUGCGGGAGCUUUGCCACAUCUUGUGGAACUCCUGAAGAGACACAGAAAUGGUCAAAACUCUAGGGCAGUUAAUGGUGUUAUAAGGAGGGCAGCAGAUGCUAUCACUAAUCUUGCUCAUGAGAACAGCAGCAUAAAAACACGUGUUAGGAUUGAAGGUGGAAUCCCCCCUCUUGUUGAAUUGCUUGAGUUCAUCGAUACAAAGGUACAGAGAGCAGCUGCAGGGGCACUGAGAACUCUUGCAUUUAAAAAUGAUGAGAACAAGAAUCAGAUUGUGGAAUGCAAUGCUUUGCCCACACUUAUCUUAAUGCUUCGGUCUGAGGAUUCUGCCAUCCAUUAUGAAGCGGUUGGUGUUAUUGGAAACUUGGUACACUCCUCACCUAACAUCAAGAAAGAAGUUCUUGCUGCUGGAGCGUUGCAACCUGUUAUUGGAUUACUUAGUUCCUGCUGCUCCGAGAGUCAAAGAGAGGCUGCUUUGCUGCUUGGGCAAUUUGCUGCGACAGAUUCUGACUGUAAGGUGCACAUUGUCCAAAGGGGUGCUGUUAGGCCCUUAAUAGACAUGCUCCAGUCCCAGGAUCCUCAAUUAAAAGAAAUGUCAGCCUUUGCAUUGGGGAGGUUGGCGCAGGACAUGCACAAUCAGGCUGGUAUUGCGCAUAGUGGUGGCAUAAUGCCUCUACUUAAACUCCUUGAUUCGAAGAAUGGAUCUCUACAACAUAAUGCUGCAUUUGCACUUUAUGGGCUUGCAGAUAAUGAGGAUAAUGUUGCGGAUCUUGUCAAGGUUGGAGGUGUCCAGAAACUGCAAGAGGGAGAAUUCAUUGUCCAACCGACUAGAGAUUGUGUCGCUAAAACUUUGAAACGGCUGGAGGAGAAGAUCCACGGGCGAGUAUUGAGCCAUUUAUUGUACUUGAUGCGAGGAGAGAAGGCUAUACAAAGACGGGUUGCUUUGGCCCUUGCUCAUCUUUGUUCCCCAGAUGACCUGAGAACAAUUUUUAUUGAUCAUAGUGCACUUGACUUACUCCUGGAGCUCCUUGAAUCUACAAACCCUAAGUACCAAGAAGAUGCCUCAGUUGCUCUGUGCAAAUUGUCCACCAAAGCCAGCGUACUUUCCCCUGUUGAUGCAGCUCCACCAUCUCCCAUCCCUCAGGUGUACUUGGGUGAGCAGUAUGUUAAUAAUUCUACACUGUCUGAUGUCACAUUCUUAAUUGAAGGCAAGCGGUUCUAUGCUCACAGAAUCUGUCUACUUGCUUCUUCUGACGCUUUUAGAGCAAUGUUUGAUGGUGGAUACAGGGAGAGAGAUGCAAAAGACAUAGAGAUUCCUAAUAUUACAUGGGAAGUAUUUGAGUUGAUGAUGAGAUACAUAUAUACUGGAUCUGUUACUGUCAACUUGAAUGUGGCACAAGACCUUUUGAGAGCUGCAGAUCAGUAUCUACUGGAGGGCCUUAAACGACUCUGCGAGUAUGCCAUUGCUCAAGAUAUCUCGGUGGAAAAUGUCUCUAUGAUGUUUGAGUUGUCAGAGGCAUUCAACGCAACAUCAUUGAGACAUGCUUGUAUCUUGUUUAUCUUGGAGAACUUUGAGAAAUUGAGUUCGAAGUCCUGGUAUUCGCAUUUGAUUCAGAGGGUUUUACCAGAGACACGGCAGUAUUUCGUUAAGGCACUCAGUAGACCUACGCAAGCUGAGUCGAGGAGAUAG